CUCCAUUCAGCAGCAGUAAUAGUGAUCGGGGAACCUUGCCACCUCUACAGAAUGCAUUACAAGUACACAGAGGGCUGAGGUUCCUAAUUCCAGUGCUGUGCCUUGACUUCAACACAUGAAGGAAGACACUAAUGUUUGCCUUUUCUGGGAUUCAAGCAUUUACUGCCAGCGACUUUUCUCUUUCUUUAUAGCCAGCCUCACACUGUACUAUUGUACUAUUUUUUGGGGGAAAAACUCCUUUAUCACACUUGUGUCUCGCUCCCUACCGUCAUCACAAAAUGCACAGCCACAAGUGGGGAACGCACUUGAUCAGAGCCCUGUAGCAUCUUUGGCAGGGUUCUUGUUUGGUAGUGGACUAAUCCAUGGAAUUCAGGACACUGGCCAAUAUCACGCUGGAAUGAGCCAGCACUUAGUGGACGCCUUUGUGGAAAGUCCACGUGGGGAGCUACAGGUGGAACUUGCCUGUUGUGAUGGAAAAUAUUAUUUGAUCAUGUAUUAUCGUGUACCACACUGUAAACAGGAGGCUGCGACAAUGAAUGAGGUGGGGCAUCUCACACUCACAAUGAACCUACUGGAGGUGCAUCUUGAGUUUCAGCACCCUGGCCAGACCCCUGACCCACCUGCUCUGAGGGAAGGCCAACUGCCUGAAGUGGACACCAGAGACUGCUGAAACAUUCACGACACCGAUGAGGGCCUUCACCAGUGCGCUGGUGCUGCAGCAGCCUGAGCCAAGGCAGCCUUUUGUCAUAAAGAUUGACACCUCUAAUGUGAGUAGAAGCCAUGCUGUCUCAACGGGCAAGGACGCCCCAGGAAGCUGAUGGCGGCUGAGAGAAACUAUGGAGUCGGCGACAGAGAGUUGUUGGCCAUGAAGCUGGCCUUCUAGGAAUAUACAACCUCUGGCUAGAGGGAGAGUGGCACCCCUUCACGGUCAUUACAGAUCAAAAAAACCUGGAGUACCUACAAACAACAAAGUGGAUGAACUCCAGACAAGCCAGGUGGUAUGUGUUCCUCUGAACAUCACAGUAGGUUGCACAUCCAUCUACCUUCCCCAGCUAACGGACAGGUUCCUGUAGCUUUACUGCCAGGAGCACCCUGAAAUGUGGUGCUCCUACCUGCCCUGGGAAGAAUAUGCUCAGAACACUCUCUGCCAUACAGAGAUGAAGCUUACCCCUUUUGAGUGUGCUUUUCGUUUCCAGCCCCCUCUCUACAUGUGGACCCAAAUUAUCCUUUUAACUCAAGGAAUAUAUUUAUGAUGCUUAUUAUUAUGAAACAUGUAAACAUUGGAUUAUCAAUAUGGCACAUGACCAAAUUAUUUAAAAAUGUAAAGAAUGUAAAAUAACAAUAUAAGAUGAAAUCAUAGAUACACUUGACUGCUGAUUAAUGUAAUUAAAUGUUUGGCCUCAAACCUUCUCUCGUCUUCACUGUGUGUUUUUCUUGUUUCCAUGUAGCAACAGAACCUCCUAUUCACACUACUCUGGUUGGAUAAAAAGCCCCACCCUCUGUCAUAUUAACCCUGCUUUCUUUUCUCCUCCUCGUCUCUGUCAGCGUCUCUCACAUGCCCUGAAGACAGCGUCCUGCACCCAGGUCAAACUGCUGGCUCCUGUCAGCAAAGAAAUCAAACUUUUGUGGACUAAGACCGUACUCUCUGAAGAGUUAAAAGAAAACUAAAUGGAGCCAACAUUUGCCCCAUGUAAUGUGACUGCAUCUACUCUCAUGCAAAGUAUAAACAUCACCAAAGGAAGUCAAAAACCAGACCCAACAUAUAUAAAGCCCAUCAACCUAAUCUUGUACACAGCAGUGUUUCUACUUGGCACAGUUGGCAAUAGCCUAGUCAUUUAUGUCACAGGCUACAAGAUGAAGACAACAGUCAAUUCCAUUUGGUUUCUCAACCUGGCUGUGGCAGACCUCCUGUUCACAUCUUUUUUAGUACUGAACAUUGUGUCUCUCUUUAAUAAUCAUGAUUGGCCCUUUGGUUUCUACAUGUGCAAAUUUCAUACCUUGGUAUCUGUACUCAACAUGUUCACUAGCAUUUUCCUGCUGACAGGUAUCAGUCUUGACCGCUGCCUGUCUACAUGGGUGGUCAUUUGGGUCCACAACAAACGUACCCCAAACAAAGCUAGGAUCGCAUGCUUCCUUAUAUGGACGGCAGGCAUAAUGUGCAGCAUCCCCUUUGUUAAAUACCGCCAAUUGUUCCCAUACACUCAUGCUACAUACUGUGGCACUAAUGCCACAGCUGAAGUGAAAAGGAAUCUGGCCACAUUCCGAUUUGUGGCUGGCUUCUUCAUUCCAUUCAUCAUCAUCAUCUGUUCAUAUAUUGCGAUUGGAGUGAAGGCUAGACGCCUCAAGAGGCAGAACAGGCUAAAGCCUUUGCGAGUCAUCUUGACUGUGAUACUCGCCUUCUUUCUGUGCUGGUUUCCAUUCCACAUCCACCAGUUCUGCAUCCUCCGAGGGAACAGCAGUAUGGCCACAAGUGUACUUAUAACCAUGGGACCAUUUCUGGUGAGCCUGGCAUACUUGAACAGCUGCCUCAAUCCCAUCCUAUACGUGUUCAUGUGCAAGGAGUGCAAGACCACAUUGAAGACGUCCGUGCUGCUUGUAUUGGAGAAGGCGCUCACUGAGGAGCACCUGGCCCUCUUCAGCUCUCGCCGCUCAACCACUUCAAGCUACUCAGAGAUCCUGAUGAAGAGAAAUGAUACUGGUACUGUCCUUGUCAGCCAGCUAGACAGAACCACAUCUUCAGAGGAUAAAAGCAAUGUACUUUCAUGAAUUUAGUUGAAUGCAUUUCUGAAUAAAUACAUCACACCAUUUAUAUGUUGAAAGUAAUAUUCAGAGGACACCGAGUAAAAGUAUUACUUAGCAGAGCAGUGAUGCAAUCCACAUCUUAUGGACUGGUUUGGGUAGUGUGGUUUUAUGUUCACAAUUAACCCCCCCCCCCCCCCACACACACACACACACACACACACACACACACAAACAAUCUUAGCUUUGGCUGUAUUUUUCAAGCAUUUUAUACUAUAAAAUGGGAAUGAAGGUUACCCCACUUUACUGUAAUCUUAAAAUGCAUCUCUGGCCAGUCCUUUGUAAGUUAUUGUAUACAGUUAUAUUAGCCUAUAAAAAUACAUUUUAUAUGUGG